AAACUAUUUGAAGGUAAAUCUAUGCUGCAAGAUAAACCCAGGCUUGGUACAUUGAUAGAAGACAAACCUGUGGAGAAUGAAACUACAAAAGAUGAAUAUGUGAAAAUUAUAUGCAUGAGAACCAAGCAUGUAGAAGGUGAAGCUUUCGAACCUUUGAAAGAUAAGUCUAAAGAAGACAAACGUGUAGAAGUCGAACUUGUAAAAGAUAAAUCUGUAGAAGGUGAUGACGUGGAAGUUGAGCUUGUUGAUAUAGAAGCCGAAGUUAGUGAAGCUGUAGAAGGUGAAAAUAUGGAAGGCGAUAAUAUGGAAAAUAAAACUAGAGAAAUUAAUAAAG